UUUUAGUAUUCUAUUUAAUCGACUACUGUCCGCAUGAAGAUUUCAAAAUCCAUCUCACUAUUUUCAUUGAAUACCAGUUUAAAUCGGUGAUAUUGCAGACAGUCCAUGGAAACAGCUGGCAGCGCAAGGCCGUUUUUCUAAAAUGAUUUGACAUAAAUAUAAUCAAAUAUAGAAUAGAAUAGCCUGUAGAUUAUCAGGCACGCACAGAGACGCGUUCUUGGAAUAUACAGUCGAUAAGCUAUUAGCGAUCGCUAUACUUUUAUGUUGAUCAAAACCAGUUCAUCCCAACGUCAUGGACUGUACAAAGGAAAUAUCAGAAAGAGACGAUCAAUUCAGAUGUUAUGUGCUCUUUAUAACAACAAAGGCAAACAACAUAAGCUGAGCUUCUGGUCAGAGUCUAGGCAAGCCUAUGCUGAGAGGACAAAAUAGCCCUGAGGAGGCUGGCCAGCCAGGUGGGUGGGCAGAGGCAGGCUGAGAAUGCAGCAAGGGAGCUGAGGAAGAUCUGAGCAGGGAGACCCUAACAUCCAGACCUGCUGCACACAGCCCUCCAUCAGGGGGGACGCUCACGCUCGCCUGGACCAUGAGCAAUGAGUCUACCGUCUGGAUCAACCUCACCGAGAACUCCACCGGGGUCCCAUUUGAGCCUGGUAAACAACAGGAUGGUUACGUCCUACUGCUGGUGCUCCUGUCCAUCUUCCUGGGGGGAACCCUGGUCCUGCUGUCUGUCCUGCUGAUCAUCUGCAGACGUUGCUGUGAUGGAGACUGCCGCCAUGCCAGGGCCAGCGAUGACCCUGAGAAAACCAACACCAGCUACAUGGAGGAGUCUCAGCCAGUACAUGGACAGAUCACCAUCCGUGUAGACGAGUCAGACUGCCUAUCGGCCGCCAGCUCCCACGUGGACAUGGAGACAGAGCGCUUCCUGUCCACAGGCACCCACGGUGGCCGCCGCGUCUCUUUCAAUGAGGUGGCACUCUUCGACCACGGCAAGAAGGCCCAGGAGAAAGGCCGUAGAUUUACGUUGACUGAGGGUGACUUCCACCACCUGAAGAAUGCGCGGCUCACACACCUCCACAUCCCACCGCUGGCCCUCAAGAUCGUCACCAUCCACGAGUGUGAGUCAUCUGAGAACAGCAUCGCCAUGACGACCUGCCCCGCCGCCAAGUCCAGCCUCUCCAUCUUCCAGCCACCUUUGUGUGCCCGACGGCCACUGUGUCCCCUGCCCCAGACAGCAUUGACCAGUCUGAGUGUCAGCCCCAGCUCAGCCCUCCCUGGGGACACCCUUAACUCGGUGGUGGACACCAGCUUCAGUGAGAGUCCCUUGGCACCGGGUCCCAAGGAGCCCAGCACCAGCAGCAUUGAGGUGAUGGUGCCUGGCUCCAGGAAUGGGGGGAGUCCGUCUUUGAGUGAAGGGGCGUCGGUGACAUCUGUGACAGGUGCAUCUCCUGGCGUAGGGGUGGGGCAGGGCCCGGUGCUGCAGUUCUUCACCAAGCUGAGGCGCCAUGCCAGCCUGGAGGGAGCCAGCCCAUACUUCAAGAUCAAGAAGUGGAAGCUAGACAGCAGCCAGCGGGCCUCCAGUCUGGACACCAGAGGGUCCCCUAAGAGGAGGCAGUUCCAGCGGCAGCGCGCUGCCAGCGAGAGCAUGGACCAGGAGGAUAGCGACGCCCACCACAUUGACCUCAUCCAGUACAUUGCCAGGACCCAGGACGCCACCUAUCACCCCUGCCGCCCCUCCGCCUCGGCCUGCCUCCUGCCACACUCCUCCCCCUCCACUCCACCACCCUCCCUCGGCAGGUUAGAGGUGGAGGUGGUGGUGGAACCCAGCUGCAGCAGGGGCCAGGGGCUGGAGGUGAUCGGCUUAUCCCCGGAGCCCCAGGACGAGGCAGCGAGCCUGGGGGACUGUAGACCGGAAAACUCAGCAUCAGACCACCAGGCCCUGUACAGAGACAUCUGGACACUCCGGGCCUCCCUGGAGCAGUAUGGCUCCUCAGACCAGAUCAACAACAACGACAGGGACUCUGUCCGCAGCGAUGCUGACAGUGUCUGCUCUCUGAGGGGGCCAACCAAGAGGGGGCUAACCAGUUACCUCUCCCAGGACAUCGGGGAUGGGCCCGAGGGGGAUGUGGAGCUGCCCAUGGAUGAAGGGAUGGGAGAGAAGGAGAAAGGGGGGAAGCAGGACAGUGUGGAGUCAGAGAGGGGCAGUGACGGGGAGUCAGGGAACCGUAAGUUAAUGCAGAUGGACAGUGGGUAUACGUCUAUAGAGGCUCCAUCACGGGCGCCAGAGGAGCUGAGACUGUUUGGCAGUAGUGGCAGCAGUGGCAGUAUAGACAGGUCUGCCCUGGAGAAGAGACACUACUUCACCAGUGCAGGGGGCACUGGCACGGUGGUCGAGAGCUUCGAGGUCCGCAUCUUCGAGGAAGAGCCAGACGAGGAGACGCCGGCGGGUGCAAUGGGCGGCAUGACCAUAGAAACGGCCAGGUCUCCCCUGGACUGGUCUCCGUACGGUCAGAUGUUCACCCCGCGAGAGGCGCAGCCGCACCCCCACCCCCCCUUAUCAAUUCACCCCCGUGACUACAGCAUCGACGAGAAGACGGACGCGCUCUUCCACGAGUUCCUCCGCCACGACCCCCAGUUUGACCAGCAGGAGACGCCGAAGAAACAUCGCUCGCGCAUCCACCUCCGCAAGCAGUGGCAGCGCCACAAGCAGUAUAGUGACCCAGGCGUUCGCUACCAGUACCACUCCUUUGAGAGGCAGCGGAACCCCCUCCGACGAGGCGAUAGCGUCAACUACCCGCUGGACACAGGCUACCACAGCACGCUUCCACGCAUCAUCAGUGCGCCUGACGAGGAGGCCAGCGAGGGGACCCCCAGCACCCCCCAGACGCCCAAGGCUGAGGCGGUGGUGGCGGGAAGGGCAGAAGUUGCCGAGGUACAGGAAGGAGACAGGAGAGAGAGUCCCAGCAGUAGCUGUGGCAGUAACACCGUGACCAUCACAGACGACAAAGGGAUGGCGUCCUGUUCCCCUCCCCCGGAGAGAGAGGGUCUGCUAUGGGAGCAGCCCGACCCCCAGGAGGACACUAGGCAGGCAGAACACCCCCCUGAGCCACCUGACGAGCCCCCACAGCCCACUGACAAGGGCUACGGCCCACAGACCAUCACAGCCGAGCUGACGGACAAGCUGAGCGCAACCCUGGACGAGCGGCUGUACACGGGCCUGCGACGGACAAAGGACCCGGCGGCGGUAACUGAGUGUGUGGUGACAGUCACUCACGCCUCCCCCGACCACAGCCCAGUGUAGCAUGUCUCCAGUCCUCCUCCACUCCUCCCUGAUCUUUGUGUUUGAUUUGAUUUGAGUCUGCGCCAGGUAACUGCGAUGUCUCUGUAUCUGUCUGAAUUAGCAUGUUCCAGACCCGUAACAUGAAAACAGGCUACACUAUACAGUGUCAUGUAGGCUAGCUGAAGAAUCCACCCCUAGAUAGUGUCUACAGUACCGUGGUGUCUCUGACUGCUAUGAUUCCUUUCUCCUCUGAGAGAAGUGACGAUGUUAAAGGAAAACACCACUAAAACUAUCCUUUGGUAUUUUUUUCAUUAGUCCACUGUUGAUACAGUACCAAAAUGUUUUGCAUGUCAGCAGUCCGGUUUCCAAGAUAUUGGACUUUCAAAAAGCAAAGUGUCACCGGCCACAUCAUCAUGAUGACGCUUUGCUUCUUGAAAGGCCAAUAACAUUUUGGGACUGUAUCAACAGCCGAUCAAAGAAAAGAAAGUAGAAUAAUUGUGGAUUUUCCCUUUAAGAGCCAAUAUGCCCUCUGAACUAGUCUAUCCACUGUGAAACCAGGUGCUAUUAAACAUCUAAAGAUCUGGAUACAAAGUUUAUCUGGGCCCUAUAGGCCAGUCCUGGCUGAAUAUCAAAAUAGGUUUAUCAAUGUUUACAUCACUUUUUCAUCACUUCAUUUCUUAGAUAUGGCUCUGGAUAUCUUGUCUUUGGCCAUUGACAUAUAUCAAAUUCUUUCCAUGUGGCAUUUUCAUCAUAAUUGUUUUACAAAUAAUUAGGUAUCCCUGCUAUUUUUUCGAAGUCAAAUUUUAACUUUGUCCACAUGUUUCUCGGGACAUAUGAAUACAGUAAUCUACUACUUCAGUAUUGGUCAUUAAUUCAAGCAAUCCUGUAAAUUGUAAUGUAUGAUUGAAUGUUUUCGGACAGAUUUCUGUUGAAUCUUGAUGUAAUUGAAUCAGAAUCUAUGGUACUAGGAACAGAAAACAGUCGACCAUGGAUUUGAUGAUGAAGAUAAAUUGUUUCUCAUACGCUGUCAUUAAAUGGAUAUGACGAGGGCCGAGGCUCUCCUAAUUUGGACACUGACUAUAUUACAGCAUUUAUAUAAUUACAGCCUCAUCAUGUCCACUCUGGACCAGAGCAUUAUCCUUCGUCAAAUGUCCUUGUCGCUGAAUGUCUGGACUCAUGUUUCUAUUCAAAGAUGUUCUUAAAGGGGAAAAUUGCUUUCCAGAAAAGUUAUGGUUGUUAGGACAUGUUGUUCAAUGCCGUUGUAUUUAUUGUUGACAGAUUUGAUUUAAAUGUGUCUAUGCUCGUCUUAUAUUUCCUCUGCUUGUGACAAUAAGUGGCUUACAGAAGGCCAGGGUGAGGAGAGUUAAAAUCCAGGUUUUUGCCUAAUUUCUGUGCCAGAAAAACCUUGUCUGCAAAUAGAGGGAUCGCAAUAGUGUUACUGACAACUCUGUUAGGAGCACAUAUCAAAGGCAGGCUCCUUUGGCCUCCCCCAACAGUGUUGGUUAGUGCAGGUCUAUAGCUGUAACAGUUUAAAUUAAGGCUUUGAAUGGGGCCAAUGUUGCUCUCGCAGACAUUUGCGUUCAUUGAAUUUCUUCAUACUUUCUCGUGCAUGGGUUCACCAAACCGGCUUUUUUUGUUUGCUUAUAUUCUUUUGUUUCCCCCUCCUUCUCCUGUGAAAGUAGACAACGCAGCAGCGAUCCCCCUGGGCUAUAAGGACUGCACUUCCAAACCAGAACAAAUUCCACAUUUUCUCCUCUGACUUCCUUUGUGUAGACUUUGCCACCCAAUGCUGCCAUUCAAGUAUAACCACAGAUUAUGUUUUAUGGGCCAAAAGAAGGCAAGGAUUUUUUUAAAAUUGUACCUUUAUUUUACUAGGCAAGUCAGUUAAGAACAAAUUCUUAUUUUCAAUGACUGCAUAGGAACAGUGGGUUAACUGCCUGUUCAGGGGCAGAACGACAGAUUUUUGUACCUUGUCAGCUUGGGGAUUUGAACUUGCAACCUUUCAGUUACUAGUCCAAAGCUCUAACCACUAGGCUACCCUGCCACAUGCCCAUUCCAGAAGUACCUUGGAAAUUAUUUUGCACUUAGCUGUGUAAUGGCUGGGAGUGUUGUGCAUCUCCCACAUGCUACAGUCAGCAGCUCCGGCUCCCAGCUCUCUGACCCAAACUGUAAAGAUAAUCCUGUUGUUUUUACGGUAACUUACUGGCAGCCAGUUACCUGUAAGUUACUGUAAUAAAAGGUACUGUAUGUUACCGUAAAUUCCAAAUAAAUUUUGGUUUAACAGUACAUUACUGUAAGCUUUAUCCCCAGUUUCCUCAGAAGCUAGUUAUUGCUUUACGUUUAGAGGAAAGUGCUGCAGGAAAAGGUGCUGAAUAUGGUCUCUGGCUGAGGGUGUAACACAAUUAAGAUUAAGAUCACUUUAUUGGUCAAUUGGUCACAAGGUCCAACCAAAAUUUGACUUCUGCUUUAUCUUAACCCCCCCCCCCGAAAGACAAGCAUACAGAUAACUGCAAAAAUGAUGGAUUCAAUGUAUAUUGAAAGCAGGUGCUUCCACACAGGUGUGGUUUCUGAGUUAAACGAUUAACAUCCAAGCACGCGUAGGGUCAUUUAUCAGACUUGCCUAGUUAAAUAAAGGUUAAAUAACAAUUUAAAAUAAAUAAAUGUAUAAAAGUGCUGGGGAGGCUAUUAUUUUGGCUACCAUGGAAACUCUCCCAUAGAAUGACAAUGCCCCCAUCCACAGGGCACGAGUGGUGACUGAAUGGUAUGAUGAGCAGGAAAACGAUGUGAAGCAUUUGCCAUGGCCAUCUCAGUCACUAGAUCUCAACCCAAUUUAACUCUUACAGUAUGGGAGAUUCUGGAGCGGGGCGGGAGACAGUGUUUUCCACCACCAUCAACAAAACACCAAAUUAUGGACUUUCUCAUGGAAGAAUGAUGUGGCAUCCCUCCAAGAGUUCCAGACCCUUGUAGAAUCUAUGACAAGGUGCAUUGAAGCUGUUCUGCCUCAUGGUGGCCCAACACCUUAUUAAGACACUUUAUGUUGGUGUUUCCUAUAUUUUGGCAGUUACCUGUACACACAUACAUAUAUGUAUAUAUAUAUAUAUAUAUAUACACACACACAUACACAGGUUGGAGCAGGGGGCUGCCACACUGGGCACCUGUGGAGCAGUUGUUGUGGGGGAGUUAAGUCCCUUGCUCAAGGGCACAACAACAGGCAAUGGCAUCUAGGAUUUGAUAUUAGCAACCCUCCGGUUGCCAACUCCAGUCCUGACAGAUUUUUCCCAGCAGACCUGGGACUCAAACUGGCAACCCUCUGGAUGCUGGCUCGCCUCUCUAACUGCUAGGCUACCUGCCAUUGCAAUAAAGAUAGACGUUUCUGUAAUUGGGAAAGAGGGAGAUAUUUCUAGCUGUCAUUUCCCUAUGUUUGGGUGUGAUUGUGCUACUUCACAGCCCUGGGGAAUCAGAUCUGUUUCCUCUAACAUGGAGAUCAGACAGCUCCUUGUUAUAGCAGAGUGGACUCACAGGCAGAAGGCACCUUCCCUCAUUAGACAAAGAAUGGUCAAGAUGAAAGGUGGUGAGAGGGCUUGAAUUUGUCUUCUAGUGUGGAGAGGCUAGUGAUAUCCUUCCUUUCUGUCUCCUUCACUUAGCCCACACAUCAGUGCACAUUACGUCACCAUGGGAAACCCAGGGGCUUCACAUGUUUCAGCACCAUUUUGUGUUAUUACCAGGUGCCUUUAUGGAGGUGUUGGAACAUCAUCAAGGAAGGAAAAAGACCAAUCCUUCAGCCAGUCAUCUUAGGAACAAACAAGAUCAGAUGCCUUUGAGGUUACUGGUUACUUAACAUUUUCUGAUUAUUGUCAGAAAUUAGAGGAAUAGUGCAUCAUUUCUGCCAUUUAGUUGAAUUGAUGGAAGAAAGGGGGUGAUAACACCAACAUAAUGAAAAAGACUAGAGGGGCGAACAAAUUAGUACAUUUGUACAAAAAGUUACUUUGUUGUGAGAUACAAGCACAAUGUUGGAGGAGCUAAUGUAGUCUAUGUCUUUUAUUAGGUGUAGAUGUAACUGGGGACACUGGUCAAAUACUUUUUGUAUAUGAACAAGUAGCCUGUCCAAUGCAUUGAUGCAUUAGGGUGCAUAGGUUUGCAUGCCAAUUAACCAUUUUAAUACGUAUCUCCAUGUUUCUCAGAACUACUGUACCAAAUGAUUCCAUGGUUGUUGGUCGACACUUUUGAGGCAGAACAUAGACAUUUAAAUCAGCACUGGUACUUCUAGAGGUUUUGUAUUCUAUGACAUUUACCUUUGUUUAGGAGUCAUGCAAUGCUAACUGAUAUGCUAUGAUUGUGAGAUUUAUUUCCAUGAAAGAAAAAUAUAUAUAUUUCUGUAUUCCUGCUUGUUAAUUAUUAUUGCUCAAUUUCUCAAAGAACUAGUUCAAAAAAAAUAGAGCUUUAUAAACAACUUAGCCUUUGUUGACCCCUACCUAUUUGAGCCUUGAGGGACCAAACAAUUGAAAAUGUUAUUUUGGAGUUUUCCAAUCAGUAAAUAAAUGAAUGAAGCAUUAA